CAUGGUAAUGAUAUCUACCAGUGAGAAGUGUUUAAAAACAGUUAAAAUCCUAAUAGUACUGUAAUUUAGCAAAUGUAAGAAAAUCAAAACAGUAUCUAAUUAAAUAUGGCAAAUUUAGCUCUAGCUGCCAUCUUGCGUCCCCGCAUGUGUGCACCUAAUCUCAGCUGGUCCGCCCGAGACCCCCUGAGCGCCAACCCUGUUCCCCGACAUGGUCCCAUUUCCACUCCAACAAGAUGAAAGACACUAUCAUGAACCAGGAGAAACUCGCCAAACUGCAAGCACAAGUGCGCAUUGGCGGGAAAGGAACUGCUCGCCGAAAGAAGAAGGUGGUUCAUAGAGCGGCUACAGCGGAUGAUAAAAAACUUCAUUUCUCCUUAAAGAAGUUAGGGGUAAACAACACCUCUGGUAUUGAAGAAGGGAAUAUGUUCACAAGCCAAGGAACAGUGAUCCAUUUUAACAACCCCAAAGUUCAGGCAUCACUGGCAGUGAACACUUUCACCAUUCCAGGCCAUGCUGGGACAAAGCAGCUGACAGAAAUGCUACCCAGUAUCUUAAACCAACUUGGUGCAGACAGUCUGACUAGUUUAAGAAGACUGGCUGAAGCUCUGCCCAAACAAUCUGUGGAUGGAAAAGCACCACUUGCUACCAGAGAGGAGGAGGAUGAUGAAGUUCCAGAUCUUGUGGAGAAUUUUGAUGAAGCUUCCAAGGAUGAAGCAAACUGAACUGAGUCAACUUCUGAAGAACAUAAAACUUGAAGAAGUUACUGGGAGCUGCUAUUUUAUAUUAUGACUGCUUUUUAAAAUUUUGUUCAUGGAUCUGAUAAAAUCUAGAUCUCUAAUAUUUUUAAGCCCAAGCCCCUUGGACACUGCAGCUCUUUUCAGUUUUUGCUUACACACAAUUCAUUCUUGGCAGCUAAUUAAGCUGAAGAAGCCUGGGAAUAAAGUUUGAAACAAAGUUAAUAAAGUUCUUU